CAUUUUUGUGCCAUCUCUAGACACAAAAAAAACAAAAACAAACUCGAAACGCGUGGACACAACUUUCACUUCUUGUUCUCAUCAACCCCUCCAUUCAUAUCACAACCUUGACCGCAAUGUCGACGUCUGUACAAACAACACCUCGCUCUUCCUUCGAGUUCAGCAAGUCAACAGUGACUUGUUCAACGACCUCGAUCGAUUCCUCGACGUCGAAUAAAACCCCAGGUCUAGCCAGGAUAUUUUGGGACUCUAUUAAGCGGCAAGCAAAGGAACAUCAUCAGAGUGUAAACUCUGCGUAUGCGACAUAUUAUGGACAGGGCUAUGGGCAGAAUCGACCGCAAGAGUGGAGGACUGACCGAUGCAAGAGUUCGUCUGAGUAGUAGUUGGGAAGGAAAAGGGAAAGGGCUUCGAAGAAGAGUGCGGGUAGGGAAAGGCGGAUGUAUUAUAAGAGGCACAGUAAAGGAGCUUGAAAGGCAUGUGUGGGGUUGAAAAGCUUCCCUUGGUCUCGUGAGUGUUACUCAAUUU